AUGCGCUCACAGGAGCGGGGACGAUCGCCGGGUCGCUCGUCUAGGAGAGAGGCGGAUCGGGCGAAUGGAGAAGCAAGUGGUGACGGACGGCGCACUGGAGGCGAGCCCGAUCUGCAGACGGGAUCGGUGCCACGGCCUCAGCCGUUAAGCAACGAUCCCUGGGAUCUGCCAAGAGGCCAGCGGGGCGCGGGAGCAGGGCAUCACAAGGAUGCCGACGAUCUAGAGUCGAUGGGGUCGGCAACUGAGGCUGACGGCGAGGAGACAACAGAAGAUGUCCCGGGUGCGGGGGACGGAGGGAGAGAAGAAGAUGAAUAUACGCGAAGCGAUGGCGGAGAGGAACGCGAAGAGCGCGGAGGUGAAGCGACUCGCUUGGCAGACGAGGUGUGCAGGAGUGGCGAGAGGCGCCAGAGAAGAUGCGCGAUGGAGGUGCGAGACGCGGCGGAAGCGCUGCGGCAGAUCGCGCGCCAGAGGAGAUUCAACGGAGGUGCGAGGCGCGGCGGAAGCGCUGCGGCAGAUCGCGCGCCAGAGGAGAUGCGCGACGGAGGUGCGAGGCGCGGCGGAAGCGCUGCGGCAGAUCCCGUGCCAGAGGAGAUGCGCGACGGAGGUGCGAGGCGCGGCGGAAGCGCUGCGGUAGAUCCCGCGCCAGAGGAGAUGCGCGACGGAGGUGCGAGGCGCGGCGGAAGCGCUGCGGCAGAUCGUGCGCCAGAGGAGAUGCGUGACGGAGAUAUGAGGCUGCGCAGUGGGGGCAGGGACGGAGGAGGGGAGCGUGUGAGUAAGGUGGGGGCAUGGGCAUGUAUACCAGCAGCAGCAGAUACUGAAGGCAAGGAGGAGAAGAUGGGGGAAGGGGUACAUGUACCAGCAACGGCAGAUACAGAAGGAAAGGAGAAGGUGGGGGCAGGGGUACAUGUACCAGCAGCGGCUGAUAAGGACGGAAAGGAGAAGGUGGGGGCAGGGUUAUACGUACCUGCAGCGGCGAAAGCAGAAGGGAAGAACGAGAAGGUGGGGGUACCGGCGUGCACACCAGCAAUAUCGGUGGCGGAAGGGAAGGAAGAGAAGAUGGGGAUAAUGUCAUGCAAACCAGAAGUGGCAGAAGCAGUGGGGAAGAACAAAGAGUUGGGGGGCACGGGCGGGUGCACCACCAGCAGCAGAAGCUGA